AUGCUUUCAGGUGAAAAACUGGUUGAAGGGCAAGUCAUUGAACUUGAAGAUGGGACCACAGCUUACACCCUGACUGUUCAAAAAGAGUAUCUUGAAGAUAGGCAGCCCGUGGUGCUGGAAGAUGGUAGCAUAGCCUACGUACACAACACACCUAAAGGCAAGAAGCAUUCUCCAUCCGAUUUGCAAGAAGCGGCGCGCGGCGGCGAGAAGGGGCAGCAGGCUGGCAGCAGGGCUUUCCAGUGUGGCUGCAAAGGCUGUGGCCGCCGCUGUACCACAGCGCACCACUUAAAGGUACACGAGCGGGCUCACACCGGAGAUAGGCCAUGUACGUGUGACUUCCCAAGCUGUGGGAAAGCAUUUGCUACAGGAUAUAGGCUGAAGAGCCACAUGAGGACACACASUGGUGAAAAACCUUACAAGUGUCCAGAAGACGUGUGCAGCAAAGCCUUCAAAAUGUCCGGRGAUCUGCAGAAGCACGUGUGGACACACACGGGUGAGUGUCCCUUCAAGUGUCCGUUUGAGGGCUGUGGCCGCUCUUUUACCACGUCCAACAUCCGCAAGGUUCACAUGCGAACACACGCRGGAGAGCGGCCCUACGUGUGUGCAGAGCCCAGCUGCGGCAGGGGCUUCACCAGCGCCACCAAUUACAGGAACCACAUGAGAAUCCACAUGGGAGAGAAGCUGUACGCGUGCGCCGUGCCGGGCUGCGACAGGCGCUUCAUCGAGUGCUCCAGCCUCUACAAGCACACGCACUGCRAGCCCUACGCGUGCCGUAGCUGCGGGAAGAGCUACCGGCAGACGUCCACGCUCACCGUGCACCAGCGCAGCCGCCACGGCGAGCGGGAGGCCGCCGAGGAGGCCGAGCGGGCCCUGUGCCUGCUGCAGCUGCAGGCUGCUGCUGAGAGAGGCUCCCAACAGAAGGGCCAAAAUGCGACUUCCCUGUCAGACGUGGAGGAGGAUGAGGACAGUGAGGAAGAUGAGGCCUGUGUGGCUGCGCGACUCGCGCCUCUCUCUUAGGAGGAGGCGCAGCGGGUCAGCCUGUCCCUGGAAGAGCUGCAGGUCCCGGGCAGCGCCGUCAGCAUGGGGACACGGAGCAGCGCCCUGGCAGGGCCCGCAGGUGACGACCCACGUGCCGUGACCGGCCCUGGGAUGGAAGGAUGCACCCAAAGGGAGCCAAUCACGGUAGUCGCGUCCGGAGCAGUUGUGCCUGAGGACUCGGCCGUCACAUCCCCCUGCCAUCAGCAGGUGGCACUGGUGGGUGCUGGCACGUGGGCACCCACAGAGCGGUGCAGGAGAGCCAGCCUGCUGCUUUGA